AUGGCGGCCAACUACUGGGAUUCGACACAGCGUACGCACUGGACAUUCACAAAGGAUCAGCUCGAUGAUAUGCGAAGUCAACAACAACAGGAGAACCAGGAGUUGUACAACAAAUACCCCUUACCUGAGCCUCGCCUUAUGAACAUAUACAUCCAGCAGCAAAUUGUGAAGCUUGGCAGGCGAAUGAAUGUCAGACAGCAGCCACUUGCUACAGCUCAAAUUUAUGUUCGGCGCUUCUACACAAAGGUCGAGAUGCGAAGGACCAACCCAUACUUGGUCAUGACGACAGCCGUGUAUGUUGCUUGCAAAGUGGAGGAAUGCCCGAUACAUAUCCGCUUGGUGCUGGCAGAAGCAGCGAGACAGUGGCCAGAGCUGGGCAUCAACGACAUAUCCAAGAUUGGCGAAUGCGAGUUUCAUCUGAUCAGUACCAUGUCAGCUCGUAUGAUCGUCCACCAUCCGUACCGUACUCUGAACGAUUUGGCACCUGGCCUAAGCAUGUCGACUGAGGAGACAGCUCUAUCUCAGAACAUCAUAAACGACCACUACAACACAGACAUGCCACUGAUGUAUCCACCUCAUAUCAUCGCUGUCACAGCCAUGUUCCUUGCUGUCGUACUACGGCCAACACAGUCCAAUCUACAAGCUCACGCAGCAGCAACCAGUUCACCGGCCAUAAAAAGUGCUCUGGACAGUCCCAACAAGAUCGCGAGACUUACUGAUUGGAUGGCUGCGAGUCAAAUUGACAUACCAGCAGUCAUGGCUGCUACUCAAGAGUUCCUCAGUCUCUAUGAGGUAUGGGAAAAUUACGGCGAAAGAGCUUGCAAGGAAGCCAUUUCAAGAUUCAUGAAGGACGCGCAGCUUGGCAAGUAG